AGAAACUUCAGUUACACACCAGGCAGUACAGGAUUUGAAAAAUAUGAAAGUUAAAACCUAAGGCAUCAAUACCAAUGACUUAAGUGAGAUUCUCAUCCUGUUUUUCAGCAAGUAUUUAUCAAGCUACCUAGAGCUUUCCUAAAUUUUGUCAACUAUACUAUAUAUUACUGUUUUGCAACACUAAAGUAGCUAUAACAACUUCCAAAAUAAGGAAAGCCCAUUUUGCGUCUAAGGGGGAUGUGUAAAUAUAUAAAAACCCCUAAAUCUGAGUCUUUUAGAGUUUCUCUGUAUUGUUGGUAAUCUUGUUUGCAGGUAUAAGGGAGCAAAGGUGAAAAAAUAAUUUCUGUGAGAAGUUCAGACAAAAGUCUAUAUUUGUUCAGCAGUUACACUUUGUGCUGCAGGCUAAUUUGAUGUCAAUAUAUUAACAUCUUUUAACCUGAUUUGUCUAUUUCAUUAGAAAUUAAAUAAAAACAAGCAGAAACCACUACACAAAUUCCCCCCUAAAAUCACACAGCAAAACCCUAAAAAACCUGUUCAGGUCCUGUAGCCUCUAAAAUAGAAGUAAUGUGUUUCCUUGUUGUGUGGUGCUUGAAUCCCUGUUCAAUUCAAGUACUGCAAACAUGGGCUCACGGAAGAGAGUUCUGGAAGAGGUAUGACCCACUAGACAUUCUGCUGGAUUUUGAGUCGCUUGCUGCUCUGGAGCGUUUGCUCUGAAUGUGCUCUGCUUUUCCUGCAGAAUCCCUGCUGUGCCAAGCAGACUUCUGCCCUCCUGUGAGUACCACACACCGGCUGUUGUUAACACAGCCCGGUGUUCCGCAGAGAGGCCAAAUCAGCAUUGCCCUGUGACCAGGCUCUGAGGAAACAGGCCUUGAAUGGAUUUUGGAAACAGCCUCUUCCUUGUGAUUAAGGAAAUAGCUGCUUUGUAUGUUUUAAUUUUAGUUUUGAUCUUCUUUGAUAAAAGUUAAAAUGCCUGAUUGUGCAAAUAACUAUUUGAAAAAAAAAAAAAAAAGGUGACUUGGUUUAUGUGAAUGCAAUUGCAUGUAUAGAUUGGGAGUUACUGUUUUAAUUUUCCUUUGAAGUUAACUGUAAAUAAAGUCAGCAUUUUCAGGGGACGUAGCUCAUGUUCUGUCUUCAACAGCAUGAAGAGCCAGACAGAAAAUAAAACUUCACCUGCCCUAAAUCCAUUAAAAUCCACUCAUAUUACAAUGAGAUACAUGCCUGAAACGCGGCACAGGCAGUUACCAGUUGAAAAAGAUGCCAUACAGAGGAUCAAAAAAUGUAGAAAGCCUAAUGAAAAGGGACAGCCUGGUUUUGCAGUCUGGCAGGAGGAUAGCGCUGAGAUUAGGGGAUUGAGCAAAAAGCCGGCAUGCAGAAUUGCAGGUUUUUAUAUAAUGGCUUUAGUAAGUAUCCUUUAGGACCCAGUGGAAAUGUUUAGUGAGGCAAACUUGGUGAGUAAUGGCCAAUCAUUUAGCGGUGAUGAGGGAAAAGCUCUGAGUGCGAAGCCCCUUGAAAGCCUGUCGAAUGUAUCACGCCGGGAGCGCAGCGUUUCUGACACUGAUCGCCGACCAACGCGCCACACCAGAAUUGGAGUUGAUUCAAUGUUUAAGCCUGGGGGAUCUUGUACUACAGGAGGUCACUGGAGUGCAGAGUGCCCGGCUCCCAUUUCCAGCAAGAUGCCUUAUUUCACAAAACUCCUUUUAUUAAUAUUCUGCUUAGUUCUUGUUGUGGAAAGCAGAAAACACAGGAGGAGGAGGUGGACCCAUCUGGGUAUGCAGAGGGCAAGCCACAUCUCUAAGAAGAAUGAGGACUUGACCAAAGCCUGGAAAGGAAAGACAGAGCAGCUUCUCAAAAUCGACGAACAUGAUUUCACCAUGAGGCCGGCCUUUGGAGGCCCUGCGAUUCCUGUUGGGGUGGAUGUGCAAGUUGAAAGCUUGGACAGCAUUUCUGAGGUUGACAUGGAUUUCACUAUGACCUUGUACUUAAGGCACUACUGGAAGGAUGAGCGUCUCUCAUUUUCCAGCACCAAUAACAAGAGCAGGACCUUCGACGGCAGGCUGGUGAAGAAGAUCUGGGUCCCUGAUGUCUUCUUCGUGCAUUCCAAGAGAUCCUUCAUUCAUGAUACCACCACAGACAACAUCAUGCUUCGAGUGUUCCCUGAUGGGCACGUCCUCUACAGCAUGAGGGUCACAGUGACAGCAAUGUGCAACAUGGACUUCAGCCGCUUCCCCCUGGACUCUCAGACAUGUUCUCUGGAGCUGGAAAGCUAUGCUUACACUGAUGAAGAUCUGAUGCUGUAUUGGAAAAAUGGCAAUGAAUCUCUGAAAACGGAUGAAAAAAUUUCUUUAUCUCAGUUUUUGAUACAAAAAUUUCACACCACAUCAAGACUGGCUUUCUACAGUAGCACGGGUUGGUACAAUCGACUCUAUAUAAAUUUCACUUUACGUCGACACAUCUUUUUCUUCUUGCUCCAAACCUACUUCCCUGCCACUCUCAUGGUCAUGUUGUCCUGGGUGUCCUUCUGGAUCGACAGACGAGCAGUUCCUGCCAGAGUCUCUUUGGGGAUAACCACUGUGCUGACCAUGUCCACGAUCAUCACUGGGGUGAAUGCCUCCAUGCCUCGUGUUUCCUACAUCAAAGCAGUGGAUAUUUACCUGUGGGUCAGUUUUGUGUUUGUGUUCCUCUCGGUGCUGGAAUACGCGGCUGUGAAUUACCUGACAACAGUGCAAGAGCGGAAGGAGAGGAAACUGCGGGAGAGGUUUUCAUGUUCAUGUGGAAUACCUCACUCGAAAACUAUGAUGCUGGAUGGAAACUACAGUGAAUCUGAUGCCAACAGCCUGGCAGGAUAUACAAGAAACCAGAUGGUACCAGAAAAAGAAAAACCAGAAAAGGUGGUUGUGCAUUUAGCUAUGAGCAAUGAAUCUAAUUCACCAAGGAAGAGAGGCCUGAGGGGCUAUGUGGGCUUGCGCAUCAUCCAGAACACUCAUGCAAUUGAUAAAUAUUCAAGAUUGAUAUUCCCAGGCACCUACAUAGUUUUUAAUUUGAUAUAUUGGUCUGUCUUUAGCUAAGCAUGCUGGCACAGCAGUGACUGAAUCAGAAGAUGGCUACAAAACACUCUUUUGUUGGUAUUUUUUUUGUCUGAUCUGGACACAAAGCCAGAAACCUGAUUAUUUUAGUGCUUCUUCAAAGGGUAAAGGGGAGGACACAUCCUCCAGAAGGCAAUUCCAUGCACAGACCUCAUGGAGGAAGUUGCUGUGCUGGUUGAUUUCCAACCCACACCCCUGCUCCCGUUUGCUUUAUGACACAUGCCAUUUCUCAUACUUGAAAAUACGUGUCCACCAUACAACCAAAUGUGCUGGAUGCUCGUUUGGGGCUGGCCACGCUGGUGGUGCCUGCUGUGCAAUGGACAACCAAAGACAGUGCGCAUGUAAACUGUAAGGAAUUAAAUAAAUGCAACUUGCAUGGGGAGGUCUGGACAGUGCAGCUCCUGUAAGGAAACUGAAUGAGCAUUUCCUUUUACAAAAUCUCUGCUUUUGAGCAAAUUCUUUUGUUUUUUCUUUGGCAUACAAAUGUAAUUUUUUUUCCAUUGUUUUCUGAAGAACACCUCCUUUAAGGGUACGGAUUCUGCUUUCUCUCUGGAUAGGACCUUCGUCAGUACCAUUAGGACAGCUGACUGGCCAGGAUCAGCUGGGCUGGUUACAGAGCACAGGUGGUAUGUUUGAGUCAGCAGGCUUUUUUUCUAGAUUACAAAGUGCAGUCCACAGACAAACUGUACAUCCCAAUGUGCCUCUCCCAGUCAACACAAUGCCCUUCUGUUCAGGCAUUUGGGAUCAAAAGGGGUAUAUGUCUGCCAGAACCUCUCUGCAGAAACAGAGGCAUGUCAGAGAUUAAAUGGCCAAGAGUAAUACUGUUGGUCCAAGGUCUGUGUAAGUCCUUUGAAGCUGCUGCACAGCAUUGUAACAAACUUACGUGCUUGGCAGUUCUUCUCCUAUCCCGUGAUAUCUCCCUUCUCUUUGCUAACAAUGCUGACAGCAAAACCCAAAUGUAGAAGCACGACACCAACAAGACAGUGAUGCUCAAGUUUUUGUGCUCCUUAUUUUAAGAAAACACCAUGAGUUUUUGGCUGUCGUGGAGAUUAUGUACAUCAAAACACUUGUUUACCAAGCUGAAACUGAGCAGUGGGGGCUGAGCUUGAAGUGCCAGGACUGAGGUUAGAAAAAAGAAAAAGCAAACAAAGAAUACUGAUGUAACUGUAAGUAUUUGUUGGCACAUGAAAUUUUCUUCUUAACCAUAGCAGGAAUUCUUACAUCCUAAAUCUCAGGGGACGUAGAAGGUGGCAAAGAAAUGUCAACUCUUGGCUGUCAACAAUACCCAGAUUUUCCCUUGUGCCUCAAAUAUUACUGCCUAAGAAAUAUUACUGCUUAAGUCAAGCUGAUGAUGGCACCGAUUUAGUGGAAACAAAAUUGAUGAGAGAAGCUAAAAUUAACAACUAUGUUUCCCUUUAAUCAGCCAUGUUAAUAACUGACAUGAAUGGAGUUCUGUCUGGUCAUGGAAGUAAGAAAACACAGCCCUGAAAUUGCUGGCAAGAAGAGGAAGGACAGUAUAUGAGGGGCAGGAUUGCCCAGCCUGUCACUGUCUCCUGAGCCACCACCAGCUCAGUGCAUUUACCACUCAUUGCUCCUGCAGCUGAAACGUGGAUACUUCUCACGUUGGCAGGCGGAGAUCACUACAAGAAAGACACAAAAAAUAUGAAAGAAAUAGAUCACUCAUUUUUUGAGAUGUUAAAGCCUGGGCAUAAGAGUGUGUUCUUCAGCAUUAGCAGUUUUGAGUGUAAAACAGGAGCCAAUGUCCCAGCUGGCAGCAGAACAGUGCAGCAAAGGGACCUUUGCUGGGGAAAGGAAGCAGAACUGCGCUAUGAAGUCACCAGAAAGUUCAGGGAGUAGAAACUUGGUUCCUGUGCUCCCCUGUUUUGCCAGUCUUUCGGCAUUACCCAUGGCACAUGCCAUUUAACCUCUCAGUGCCUCAGCUCCUCCAUCUAGAAAGCGAGGAGCACUAGGAUUUACCUACCUCAUAAUGUGCCGAGGGGCUUAAUGUGCUUAGUUAGCAUGUGUGGGGGGCAUGCUUAUGAUUUCUGAGCAGGUUACCCAGUGGGAAUCCAAUUUUGUAUUACUUACCAGUGAGUUCUUAAAUGCAUCCUCGGAACCAGUCCAGCUGGCAGAAAGCAGGUAUCUCUCCUGCCUUAUGAUGCUAUUACAACUCCCCUGCAUUAUAAUGACAAUAAACCAGGGUUAAAUGUAGACAAAUAGCCAAAAAGUGAGGGCUGUUGAUGAAUAAUGCCUCCUGGCACACAAAACCCAGGAAGUCCUAGUGCUUUACUUUGCCAUUUCUUUUUAUUACACCUCCUGUUCCCUUAGAAGUUAUGUGAUGGCAAAGACAUCCUUUAGGUCCUACCAUCUUUGUACUAGCAUUCCCUGUAGUUUUAAAGCCUAAUAAGCAUCUUUUGGAGAGGAUACCUUACUGUUAUUUUAUUUGCAUGUGUACAUAACUGAUAUUGAUGUCUGCUUUUAUCAGCCUAUAAAACUAUCAAGAGGGUAUUUUUCCACUAGAGCAAAAAAAAUCCCUCCUCUAUCUUAGGCACUACUUAAGCUUAUUAUUAAUUAAAAUGAAAAGUAUAGAUGCAAAUAAAGCCAAGAGUUCUCCUUCAGUCAGCAUUAUGAAUUGUAUUUUUCUGUUUAUUCAGAGAAGAUUGGCUAGGCAUGAAGCUAGAACAAAUAUUUGAAGUAUGGUAUUGACAAUGUAUUUCACCUUUGAUUUCACCUGGAUUACAAGAGACUCCAUGAGCACUGUCUAACUUCCAGUUGCCAGAUCCAACCAACGUUUUGAGAGGGAGUGCCUGAAGCUGGGCUCUGAAUGCUGUUUGAUGGAUACAACCCAAUCCUGGGAGGCACUGAGCAGACGGACAAUGAACCUACUGAAGGACAGGAUUUUCAGAAGUGCACAGGAGAUUUGGGCAAAUUGAGGUCACUGAUGAAAAUGCCUUCUCUGCACAACCUGGUCCAAUUGGAAUGAGAGAAAAUGCCAGCUCUGCUCAUUCUAGGUCUGGCUCCAUUUUACUUUUACUUCUGACCAAAUCAUGUCUUUGAGAAAAAGUAACUAUAUAUCUAUGUGCACAGAUGUAUAAUGUGUAUGCAGGCAUAAUCUAUAACAAACGAAGACACUGGGAUAUGUACCUACGUUAAAUAGUGUCCAUAUGUGAAAUUGUAAUAUAUUGUAUGUAAAUUACCGUUUAUUAUGCCCAGAAAACUUACUACAUUGAAUGGAGAAAAGCUCUUAUUGUCAGCCAAGGGCCAAGAAGUGAGGUAUUGGCAAAAAAUAUGGGUUCUCCUACUUUUUUUUUUCUGAAAAAGGAGGUGUUGAGAAGGAUGCAAGCAAUGCUGAGGCUAAACUUGUGCAAUGGGUACAAUCCACUGUGCUGGUUGUUGUAAUCAAACCUGGUAAUAAAAUAACAGAUGGAAAGAGUGGAAAAGAGUUCA